AUGAGCUGCGAGAAUACCGGGACUGUUGUGACCCCGCCAAAUUCACUAGCCGUCCCUUCACCCUACCGCAGUCCAGUUCAGUCUCCCAAUCCCUCCUCUGCAGUCCCACAACCCGAUGUCAACUGCACGAUGACCAGCAACAAAACUCCCACGGGUAUUGCCAAAAGUAUACAACACCAGAUUUCUACCGAGCAGCCGUACAACAAAGCACACCAUACAAUCCCGGACAACUCCAUUGGUGUACCUAUGGUUGGCGGUCCGGUGGGUCCUCCACACCCCAAUUUCGGGAACAUUCCGUGGCUGACACUUGCAGUUACCAAGCUGAUGCAUCCUCCGUUAGGUCCCAUGGCAGUGGACACCAUCUUGGCACACCCCUUCGUCCCAGCACUGCAUUCACUACCCCACUCAUAUCUCCAUCCGCUUCCUGCGGGCCACUUUCUGAAUUCAGCGCUUCCCUUAUUCAAUAGCCCGACACCGCCAACAUUCCCACCGACAACUACAGAGACGUACACUGUGCUAUCGUGCAACACGUACACGGGAGAAUUUUAUCCAGCAGUAGUGGCGGCACAGACAAACGCUCCGGGGGGGAGGGGGGGCUGUUCCAGUCCCUCAGGUGAAGCAAUCACCAGCAGCUCAGCAAACGGGCACGAGUGUACAACCCAUGACAAAUUAGAUGGUCGUCACUAA